AUGGCAACAGCUAGUGAUAACCAUCAGACUGUCGCUCAAAACGACCCUUUCUAUCAAUACAACAUAGCACUACAAAUCAUGCGGCUUCCUCCAAAUCUAAGCACGACCGUUGACACCAUCGAAAUACUUUGCGACCAAUUGUUAAACUCCUUUAUGCCCAGUGUAGCUAUAUGGAACAAUAUCGCCCAACGAAUUCCUGGUACUCUCCUGGAUUACGAAGGUCGUUACCUCCGGAUCUAUGCUUUGAAGAAAAGCUGGUCUAAUCACUAUCGUACCGUAUCGAUUCAUUCUACCGGUUGCUCAAUUGCCCGUGCACCAUUAUGUUUGAUGGACAGCUCUGAUACACGAUAUCUCCAUCUCUGCAUGAAGACCAAAUCUAAUAACAAACUGUUCACGUUAGUGAAAGACAGAACAACCUUCCAGGUGCUUUUUGCAUGGACCAUUGCAAGUGAAUCAAUGGCCUGGAACGGCUCGUGGACACGGUUGCCACUAGAAAACGAUUGCCAACUUCAAGCCCGCUGGGUGGGAGGCGGUCAUCAUUCGAAGUUCGAACUCAUCAGAUCAAAAUAG